AUGUUAGUGGGAAUAUCGGCUAAUCCAGUUUUCAAUUAUUUUCAACUGGCGUCACUAGCAUGGAAAAAACCUUUCAAUAAUUUUAUUAUUCCUUCAGGUGUAGAAAUUGAGAGAUUUGAUCGAAAUUGCUUAUCACCUUUCAUUGAUUUACAAAUAGCAGAUGGAGAGAAAUCAUUUCAUAUUCCAAAAUUAGAAAGUGCUCUACCACGUACAAAACCACUGAAUUCGCCUUUAACAGACCACUGA